AUGUGGCUCCGGGUUAUCCCCGAGAGCAGUAGUAGUAGUGACCACGGUUGCAGUUGCUGCGCCGCAGCUGGGUGCAAGGGGGGGACCCCUGGAAGGGAUUUGAUUGCGAAUGCGCAGCGUCGACAGCAAGAGCAGCAACAAGAGGAGGUAUCUGAUUCCUCUGGUGGAAUAGAGACGGAAGAUAGUGCUAACACGGCAGCAGUAGCAAAAGGCAGGGGUACCUCAAGGCGAAUGUCGACGACGGAGGCAACAAUUGCAGCAACAGCAGCUAAGCCACUCCGGUGCAAACGGCCCUUACGAGCAGCAGCGGCAGGAGAACGAGGCUCUGCGGGGUUGCAGAGCAGUCCGACGCCGUCAGGGAGACGCAGCAGCAAGAGACUGGCAGCGGCGAAGGGAGGUGCAGGUGCGGCUGGCGUUGCUGCCCGUGUCGUCCUUCCCAUUGCGCGGCCGCAGCCUCGCAGGUCCAACAGCAGCAGCAGGAGCGGAAGCAGUAGCAGCAGAAACGGCAGCAGCAGUAGCAUUACUGCUCUGCGAAGGGACAGCGACCGCAUAAAGUCAGACACGGCAGCACCGCCAGAAGCAGACAGACCUGGCAAUGCAGUUGCCGUUGGUGCUGCAGAGUGGCCUCCAGCCGAAAGUCUUCAGCUUGGAUCACUAACGAUU